AUGGGAUCGUCUCAGACCUUCACAGAAGAAUGGAAAUCUCUCUUCCCAAUUUCCUCAGUCUUCAAGCCUCCCCUCCUCCUUUCAAACCCUUCUCUAAAACCCAUCCUGGGUCCUCUGAUCUUCAACCCUAAACCCAACUCCACAACCCUCCUUUUCUCUUCUUCCUCUUCUCUCCUUCCCCCUCUCCCUCCUUUACCUCAUCUCUCUCUCCCUCGUUUUCUCCUCACUUCCCCCCCUGACUCUGCCCCUCUUCCCUCCUCCGUUCCCUCCGUAGCCUCCUUCUUGGGCCCGCACCACCCCAAAAGCGACGUCUCCUCGUCUCUCCUCUACAACCGUCUUGAAUUCCUUCAGUGCCCGCAGAUUAACACCGUCGUUGUAUUCUUCCCUACCGGUGAAAACUCUGACCAAGUUGGGUUCUUGCAGUUGGUGUUAAAAGAUUCGACCUUUGAUGUCAAAGUGGAUGAAAACGGAGGGGUUUUCGCUUCCAGGCGGUGGUUUAGUUAUCGGAUUUCGAGGAUUUCAGUGAACCCGAUUCCUGGGUUUUUGAGUUUAAGAGGUAAUGGUUCUUGUGUGACAAUUGGGUAUUUAUUGGCUUCUACUAUGUACUCUGUGCAUUGGUUUAUUGUAAAGGUUGGAGAUUUUGGUCCAAAUUCAGAUAGUAGGGUUAGUUUAGUUCAUUUGGGUAGUAAGAUUUUCAAGACUUGCUGUGUUGUACAUGCUUGUUGGAGUCCACAUUUAUUGGAAGAGAGUGUGGUCUUGUUAGAGAAUGGUGAUUUAUUCUUGUUUGAUUUAGACUCUCGUCUAAAAACCUCCCACACUUUGAAUGCAAAUUUUAAAUUUAAUGGGACCAGAUUGAAAGUGCCCUGGGAUAUUGAUGAUGGUUCGGGUAGCUCACGAAAUUAUAGGUGGUUGAGUUGUGAGUUCAGUUGGCACCCUAGAGUUUUGAUAGUUGCACGUUCAGAUGCAGUUUUCUUAGUUGAUUUGAGGACCCAUGAGUGUAAUGUUAGUUGUUUGAUGAAAAUUGAGAUGUUGCAUAUGUAUGCCUCCAUUGAAAAGGAGCAGUUCCUUGUGCUUUCGAAGGCAGGUUCUGAUGAUUUUCACUUUGUUUUGGUUUCUGACACUUUGUUAGUUGUUUGUGAUGUGCGCAAGCCAUUGAUGCCGGUGUUGCAAUGGGCUCAUGGCCUUGAUAAACCAAGCUAUGUUGAUGUUUUAAGACUGUCAGAGUUGAGGUCACAGUCGAGGGAUGACAAAUUUAAUUGGGCUUCUGACUCGGGUUUUUGCAUUAUAGUGGGGUCGUUUUGGAAUUGUGAGUUUAGUAUCUUUUGCUAUGGACCUUCCCUCCCAGCUCCGAUAGGAUCAGUAGCUUCGAAAAUAGCAGAACUUCGGAAAUCCUUCUAUGCAUGGGAGCUCCCUUCAGAUCUUUUAUUGUCAGGCCAUGAGUGGCAUUGCGGAAGCUGUCUUGUAAAAGAAGAGUUUUCAAAAGACGCUCUUCCUGAAUGGAUUGAUUGGCAGCAGAAGAAAGAAAUUGUUUUGGGCUUCGGCAUUGUAAACAAAGAUCUGUCUGCUCUGCUUUCUGAACCAGAUGAAUUUGGUGGUUUUACAUUGAUAAGGCUUAUGUCCUCAGGGAAGCUUGAAUUACAGAGAUAUUGUGCAUCGUUUGAUUCUGUAAAAAAAGUAGAAGAAUCACACAGAGAACAUUUGCUUUUUAAGGAUUAUUUGCUGUACUCCCUAGUUGAUGAGGAAUACAAAUUUCCUAGGAGAUUUAAGUACCUUAAACUUGACUACCUCUGUGGUUAUCUGAAUGGUAAUCUUAAUGAAGUCUUAGAUGACAAAAUAAAAAUUCCCUAUAAUGAUCAAGGGAAGGAACUUUUUAGCUCAGAGUUUCAUGAAACUUUAUGCAAAAAGUUACAUGCUUGUGGUUUUGGUAAGUUUAGAUCAUCUCCUGCAGUUACAAGUGUUUUAAAUGACAUUAGCUUGCCCGCAAGCAUACACGAGGUUGUUUUGAAGAGAUUGUGGUCAGACUUGCCCAUUGAGCUUCUGCAACUGGCCUUUUCUAACAACUCUGAAAUCCUUGAAGUGCUUGUGGACAAAAAUAGGGUGGCUUUGGAAUUCUCUGUAGUACCAGACCUAUCUCAGUUGCCUCCUUUCAUUUUAAGGAAGUCUUCACGCCGCAGUAAUAAGUGGUCACAGAAAGUGCAACCUGGUGAUGCCCUUGUGGGUCCAGUUCUUCCUCUUCCUGUUUUGCUUGCACUUCAUGAAUAUCGCAAUGGAUGUCCGAAUUCAGAUGAAAAAUCAGGUAGAUUUUCAGUAGAGGCAGAGAUCAAUCGCAGCUGUGAUGAGGUCAUGCAGGUCACCGGUGAACUGGCUGUUUCUAUUUCUGAGGCUGAGAUUGUCGAUAAUCCAGUGACGUCCCUUGCUAAUGAUGGAGACGAGACAUGGAGAAGCUCUCAAAAGUCAAAACCUUUCUUUUCAUAUCAGCCAGUUGCGGCUAAAGGAUCUCCACUGGAUCAUACACAGGCCAAAUCUGUUUAUAAGGACGACAGGUUUGACACCUUAAUUUCUAAAGUGUCUGAUAAGAAGCAUGUAUCCAACGACAAUCAGGAUAAUGUCGGACUAGAACUAUUUGAUGAUCUUUACCCUGUAGAGUUGAGAUUUGAUGCUUCUUCCCUGAAGUUUGAACAGAAGGAAUUGGAGGCGUAUCGUAAAUUGAAGGGGGAAUUCUUAAAAUGGCAAAAGAGCUUUGACUUGUAUCAAGAAUUCUGCUCUCGGAUUGAAUCAAAAAGCUCAUAA